AUGUCUUCUCCAACAUCUACACCAAAUCGCAGAAGGAACAAACGGGGCCGUGGCAGCAAUCCCCCAACUCCCCGAAGCGAGGAAGUAAAUUCUCCACCAUCUCAAAAACGUAGGACAGAGGAUUCGACAUCCAUUGGUGAGCUGCUACCUAUGCCAACUUCACCUGGUGACCUACAGAGCCCCAGUGGACAAGAGCUGCUAUUUUCCAGCCCUGCACCCUCUCGGCAUUCAGCACUUCAGAGUGAACUUGACUUGAGCUCUCCCCUGACAUAUGGAACCCCAAGUUCUAGAGUGGAAGGCACACCAAGGAGUGGCAUCCGAGGUACCCCUGCCAGACAAAGGCCUGAUUUGGGGUCUGCUCGAAAACUGAAGCAAGUGGAUUUACAUUCUGACCAGCCUGCUGCUGAAGAACUGAUUACAAGUGAACAAUCCAUGGAACAGAAAUUGGUUAUCUGGGGUACAGAUGUCAAUGUUAUCACUUGCAGAGAGAAGUUUCAGCGGUUCAUACAACGUUUUAUUGAUCCCUCAGCCAAAGAGGAGGACAAUGUUGGUUUAGAUUUGAAUGAGCCAAUUUACAUGCAGCGAUUGGAAGAGAUCAAUGUGGUUGGUGAGCCAUUCUUGAAUGUUGACUGUGACCAUCUUAGGACAUUUGACAAAGAUCUGUAUAGGCAGCUGGUCUGCUAUCCACAGGAAGUUAUUCCAACUUUUGACAUGGCAGUCAAUCAGCUCUUUUUUGAGCGCUACCCUGAUUCUAUCUUGGAGCAUCAGAUUCAAGUUAGGCCUUAUAAUGCUCUUAAAACCAGGAACAUGAGGAGUCUUAACCCAGAAGAUAUUGAUCAGCUCAUUACAAUUGGAGGAAUGGUCAUCAGAACUUCUCAGAUUAUACCGGAGAUGCAAGAAGCUUUCUUUAAAUGUCAGGUCUGCGCUUUCACCACCAGAGUGGAAGUAGAUCGUGGCCGUAUUGCAGAACCAUCCGUGUGCAAGCAUUGCAACACCACACACAGCAUGGCUUUGAUACAUAAUCGUUCCAUGUUUUCAGAUAAGCAAAUGAUCAAGCUGCAAGAGUCUCCUGAAGAUAUGCCGGCUGGGCAGACCCCUCAUACAAUUAUUUUGUAUGCUCACAAUGACCUCGUGGACAAGGUUCAACCUGGAGACAGGGUGAAUGUGACAGGAAUUUACAGAGCAGUUCCUAUUCGAGUAAAUCCCAGAGUUAGAAAUGUUAAAUCAGUUUACAAAACUCACAUUGAUGUAAUCCAUUACCGAAAGACUGACUCCAAGCGCUUGCAUGGUAUUGAUGAGGACACAGAACAGAAAAUGUUCACAGAGGAGCGUAUUGAGAUGUUGAAGGGACUUGCUUCUAAGCCUGACAUUUAUGAAAGACUUUCUUCAGCUUUAGCACCAAGUAUUUAUGAACAUGAAGACAUUAAGAAGGGUAUUCUUCUGCAGCUGUUUGGUGGUACACGGAAGGACUUCAGUCAUACUGGAAGAGGCAAAUUCAGAGCCGAAGUUAAUAUCCUUUUGUGUGGUGAUCCUGGUACAAGUAAAUCUCAGCUUCUCCAGUAUGUCUACAACCUUGUCCCUAGAGGCCAGUACACUUCUGGGAAGGGAUCUAGUGCUGUUGGUUUAACAGCUUAUGUGACAAAGGACCCAGAAACAAGACAACUGGUUCUUCAAACUGGAGCUCUUGUGUUAAGUGACAACGGCAUCUGCUGUAUUGAUGAAUUUGACAAAAUGAAUGAGAGCACCAGAUCUGUGUUACAUGAAGUUAUGGAACAACAGACCCUUUCCAUUGCAAAGGCUGGAAUUAUCUGUCAGCUGAAUGCACGCACAUCUGUCCUAGCUGCUGCAAAUCCUGUAGAAUCUCAGUGGAAUCCAAAGAAAACAACCAUUGAGAACAUUCAGCUUCCUCACACACUGUUGUCCAGAUUCGACCUGAUAUUUUUGAUGUUGGACCCUCAAGAUGAGACAUAUGACAGACGCCUGGCUCACCAUCUUGUUGCCUUGUACUAUCAGAGUGAAGAGCAGUUAAAUGAAGAACAAUUGGACAUGGCAGUGUUAAAGGAUUAUAUUGCAUAUGCCCGAAGCUAUGUGCAUCCUCGGCUUAGUGAGGAAGCAAGCCAAGCUCUUAUUGAGGCCUAUGUGGAUAUGAGGAAAAUUGGCAGUGGCCGUGGCAUGGUUUCAGCUUAUCCCAGGCAGUUGGAGUCUUUAAUCCGUCUUUCUGAAGCUCAUGCUAAAGUGCGAUUUUCUAGUAAAGUUGAGACCAUUGAUGUAGAAGAAGCCAAACGUCUUCAUCGUGAGGCAUUAAAGCAGUCUGCCACAGAUCCUAGGACUGGAAUUGUAGAUAUUUCUAUCCUUACCACAGGAAUGAGUGCCACAGCCCGUAAGCGUAAAGAGGAAUUGGCUCAGGCUUUGAAAAAACUUAUUCAAUCUAAGGGCAAAACGCCUGCUUUGAAAUAUCAACAGCUGUUUGAGGAUCUUCGGGCACAGUCUGAUUCGGCAAUCACAAAAGACAUGUUUGAUGAAGCUCUACAUGCUUUGGCCGAUGAAGAUUACCUGACUGUGACUGGGAAGACUGUCCGUUUGUUGUAA